UAUUGCUUCACGCAUGAGGUUUUCUUCCUACUGCGAGUUAAGACAGGAUUUCCUGUUGUCAGACUCUUAGAGACUUCACGCCAUGCUUAUCACAAUUAAGAGAAAAUAAAUCCUUUUCACAUACAACACCAAAGGAGAGACUGCAUCUUUGCAUCUAUCAUCGAUCUCAGGCAUAACCAGCAUCACUGCUUAUCAUUUGUUUGACAAUGCUCCUGCUUCAGCCGUUGAUAGGUCUCUUCUUGAUGAGCCAUGGUGACGCCUGCGAGAUUUUGUUCAGCCCUUUUGAUGUUGUGGUUGAAUAUGGAGCUUCAUUUUCGGUGAACUGCUCCUCCAGCAACACCACACAUCAGACUGGCUUUAGAUGGGGAUUUGACGACACAGUUGUGAACAGUGAAGGUAUCUCAGCAACUAUGGUUGUGACGGACUGGGAGAUGAAUCUAACAUGUUACAUGAACUCUACUGAAAUGGAGUGUUCACAAGAUCUUCCAAUAACCAUUUACAAGGCACCAGACAGUGUGUCCAUCAUCACUGUGGAUCACAGCGGACCAAUGAUGGAGGGAGAGGAGUAUGAGCUCCAGUGUGACGUUCUCGGUGUGGCUCCUGUUCAGUAUCUCACUGUCAAAUGGUACAAAGGACAGACUCUGCUGAAUCAAACCACCUUUAAUGACAACAUCAAGACUCCAGUGAAUGAAACUGCCACACUCCUGAUCCGUCCAGACCGAGCUGAUGAUGGAGCUCAAUAUAAGUGUGUAGCAGAGCUGGAACUGGGAGAAGAAGGACCUCCUCCUACAGAAUCUGCUUUCAAUGCUGAAGUUUACUAUAAACCAAAAUACUCCAUUUCAACAGAGACCAUCAUUCAAGAAAAUCACUGUCCUAUUCAAAUCGUCCCAUGGAGAGCUGUUGUGAAGUACGGUGACCGUGUUUCUGCUGACUGCAAAACUUCAGUCCAGCAUCAAGGGAUUGGAUGGGAAGCCAGUGAGGGAGCAGUGCCCAUGAUCAGAGACAAGAGUCUGAUCACAUGGACAGUGUCAGAACUGACAGAAUGGGACAUUGAGCCAUAUUGCUUCAUAAACUGUAAAAAAGGAGAUAAGCCGCAUCAGUGUUUAGUAAAGCUCCCAGUCACUGUUUACAAGACUCCAGACAGUGUGUCCAUCAGCACUGUGAAUCACAGCGGACCAAUGAUGGAGGGAGAGGAGUAUGAGCUCCAGUGUGACGUUCUCGGUGUGGCUCCUGUUCAGUAUCUCACUGUCAAAUGGUACAAAGGACAGACUCUGCUAAAUCAACCCACCUUUAAUCAAACCACCUUUAAUAAUGACACCAUCCGGACUCCAGUGAAUGAAACUGCUACACUCCUGAUCCGUCCAGAUCGAGCUGAUGAUGGAGCUCAAUAUAAGUGUGUAGCAGAGCUGGAACUGGGAGCAGAAGGACCUCAGCCUCAUCCCACAAUAUCAUCAGAUCCUCUCAACAUUACUGUACAUUUUGCUUCAGAAUUUACAUUUUGUAGCGACUGGUCACCAUUGACAGAGACCUCGCUGGAUUCAUAUCCUUCAAGUUCCUAUUCAGUUGUGGGUAAUCCUAAGCCAGACAUCUCCUGGACACACAGAUCAUCAUCAGUCAAUUCCUCUACAAUUCUUAACAAACACGAUUCUGGCCGAUAUGUAAUCAUUGCCAGCAAUUACGGCGGUAUUGAUAGUUGCUUCGUGAACAUAACUGUUGAGUAUCCUCCAAAUCUGAACUGCAACGGGAGCUAUGAAGUAAAAGAAAAUACACCCUUCAAAUGGCCUUGCAUAGCUGAUGGAUGUCCAAAGCCUCAAUUCUUCCUCUACAAAAAUGGGAAAAUGCUCCAGCAUGACUUUCAUCCCAAGUGGAAUGAUGGUGGCCUUUAUAGGUUAACCGCACUUAACAAACACGGAGCUUCUGAAUCUUCAUUCAACCUCAACGUCCUACAUGCUCCAGUGUUUUAUGACAGCCAAGAUAAGUUUAUCGUGGAACAACACAGCAAUAUAACGCUAGAGUGCCCGUCGACUGGUAACCCAGAACCUGAGGUGUGGUGGAGCUUCAAAAAUAAAAACAUCUCCACUGGGAGGCGCCACAUAAACAUCGAGAGAGCCACGUCUACCAAUGCUGGAGUUUACACAUGCAGUGCCAGCAAUGAAUUUGGACGCAUUUACAAGAGCUUCUUAGUGGAGAUAAAAGAUGACAUUACCUACUACAUUCUGAUUGCUGUGGUGGUGGUAUCUGCAUUGUUUGUUUUAAUCUUUUUAGCGGUCUUAAUGUGGAAAAGGAGAAAAUCAAGAGGAUGGUAUGAAAUACAGCAUGAAAUGCGGCCCUUAAGCAACGGGGACCAUAAGUGAGUUUGAUCUUGUUUUAAGAAGCUGCAGAUAUGUUUACAUCGAUAAAAACAAAAAGAAAAAAAACGCCAAUGCACUGAACAUCAAGGUGGUUACGAUAAAUACAUCUGAUAAAUAUCUGUGGUGUACCAUGUUAAACUUAAUACUGUACGACAUGCACGUUUCAUCUGUGUGCCUAGGCCUAAUCAUUUGGAUGAUAUUUUAGUAAGAAGAAAAAAAGCUUGAGAUGAGUAGGUCUAAUAAAUAAAUAUUUAAAACGUGUCACAUGACAAAAUUGUUUGCUGUAUUUUGAUUAUGGUUACUUGCUUUAUAAGUGUUACAUACGGUUUGCCUUGAGAGAUGAUCAUAUUUAGUUAAAUAUGUAAAUAGAAGUACAAGUUUGUGUUAAAUAGCAUGUUACUUUUGUUAAUUUUUGCUCAUUUAAUGUUUUUUUUUUGAUGAUGAUGAUGAUCAUGAACAAUCUCAAGGGUUAGGUUAUAAUACAGGUUUGACAACACAUUUUAAUGCAUGUCCUAUAAGUAAAGUUGUAUAAUAAUGAUGCAGAAAUGAUGGACAGAUGUUUCUGAAAAUAAAAUAAAAAUUAUAACAAGCUUC